AUGGCAUUAUAUAACUUCAAAAGGGUUCAGCCGAUCCCUCCGGCUAAUGAUUUUCUGGAUAUAGUGCUUUCAAAGACACAGAGGAAAACACCAACAGUAAUUCAUAAGCAGUAUAAGAUUGGAAGAAUAAGACAAUUUUAUAUGCGAAAAGUCAAAUUUACCCAAGAAAGUUUUGAUGAAAAAUUGAAAUCCAUUCUCGACGAUUUUCCGAAACUCGAUGAUAUUCAUCCAUUCUAUUCGGAUUUGAUGAAUGUAUUAUAUGACAGAGACCAUUAUAAAUUAGCAUUGGGUCAAAUAAAUACUGCACGCCAUUUAAUAGAUCAAGUUGGUAAAGAAUAUGUUCGCUUAUUGAAAUUUGGUGAUUCGCUUUACCGAUGUAAAAUGUUGAAGAAGGCAGCACUUGGAAGAAUGGCCACCAUCCUUAAACGUCAAAAAGAUAGUUUACUGUAUUUAGAACAAGUUCGACAACAUUUAGCUCGUUUACCUUCUAUAGAUCCAAAUACUCGUACUUUAUUGGUUUGUGGUUAUCCUAAUGUUGGAAAAUCAAGUUUCAUGAAUAAAAUAACCAGAGCUGAUGUUGAUGUUCAACCGUAUGCUUUUACUACAAAAUCAUUAUUCGUUGGACAUAUGGACUAUAAAUAUCUUAGAUGGCAGGUAAUUGAUACUCCUGGAGUUUUGGAUCAUCCCUUGGAACAAAUGAAUACAAUCGAAAUGCAAUCUGUUACAGCUCUUGCACAUCUUCGUGCUUGCAUUAUGUUUUUUAUUGAUCUUUCGGAACAAUGUGGAUAUAGUGUUGUUGAUCAGAUAAAACUUUAUCAUAACAUCAAACCCCUUUUUGUUAAUAAACCAACUUUCAUUGUUAUUAAUAAAAUUGAUAUAAUGAGACCAGAAAAUUUACCUGCAGAAGAACAAGCUAUGUUAAAUGAGAUUAGUGAAAAAGAUGGAGCUCAAAUAAUUCAACUGAGUUGUUUUACUGACGAAGGUGUUAUGAAUGCUCGUAAUGUGGCUUGUGAGAAAUUGUUAACAGCCCGCGUGGAUUUCAAACUUCGAGGUUCCAAAAUCAAUGAUGUUAUUAAUAAGAUUCAUCUAGCUGAACCUGUUGCACGUGAUGAUAUACCUCGCCCUGGUGUUUAUAAUAUUAAUCUUAAAAAAAAAUAUCUAUUGAAAACCCCGGAAUGGAAAAGUGAUAUCAUUCCCGAAAUUAUGGAUAGUAAAAAUAUCGCAGACUUUUUUGAUCCGGAUAUUGAGGAGAAAUUAGACGCUUUAGAGCGUGAAGAAGAACGCCUUAUGGCCGAAAAUCACUAUGAUUCAGAAGAAGAAAUGGUAAAGAAAAAAGAAUUUAUUCAUUUUAAUUCCUGA